CUCUCUCUCUCUCUCUCUCUCUCUCUUCUUCUUCUUCUUCUUCUUCCUCUCUCUCUCUCUCCAUUCUCCGAUCUUAGCCUUUUUAGGGUUUAGAGUAGGUAUUGUGGGAGGUGGGAGUUGAGAGAUCGAUCGCUGCUGCUUCUUUAGAAGCCCUAAUAAGUGGCCGUUUUGGAUCAAUCGGGCUUGUUUUUCUUUCGCUCUCCUGUUGAUUCAUCGGCCUCCUCAUAGCAAUUUUUUGGUUUGAUUAUCACGUGUGCCAUACGCGAUUGUUGUUCUAGUGAUUCGCUCAAUGAGUUGUUAAUCUCUUCAAGCUAUUCAUUUUAUCAUAAAACAGUGUAGUAGCAUUCUUUGUGACAAAGAUGUUAGGAGCUGUGUUGGUCGCGAUUGCUGCUUCGAUUGGUAAUAUGUUGCAGGGAUGGGAUAAUGCUACAAUUGCAGUUGCGGUUAUCUACAUCAAAAAGGAAUUUAAGUUGGAGAGUGCACCCACAAUCGAAGGAUUAAUCGUAGCAAUGUCACUUAUUGGUGCCACAAUCAUCACAACAUUCUCUGGACCUGUAUCAGACUGGGUCGGUAGGCGGUAUAUGUUAAUUUCCUCAUCUAUCCUAUACUUCUUGAGCGGCUUGCUUAUGCUGUGGUCGCCUAAUGUGUAUGUUCUAUUACUGGGAAGGCUAAUCGAUGGAUUCGGAAUUGGUUUAGCUGUCACCCUUGUUCCUGUAUAUAUAUCAGAGACGGCCCCACCAGAGAUUAGGGGACAGCUGAACACCUUUCCACAGUUCAGUGGCUCUGGAGGGAUGUUUUUCUCAUAUAUAAUGGUUUUCUUCAUGACUUUAGCACCUAUUCCAAAUUGGAGAGUCAUCCUGGGAGUUCUCUUCAUCCCUUCUGUUCUAUACAUCGUUUUAACGAUAUUUUUCUUGCCUGAAUCACCGCGGUGGCUUGUAAGUAAAGGGCGGAUGAAUGAGGCGAAAAAGGUUCUGCAAAUGCUCCGAGGAAGGGAAGAUGUCUCAGGAGAAUUGGCUCUUCUUGUAGAAGGUUUAGGCAUCAGCAAGGACACAACAAUCGAGGAGUACAUAAUUGGCCCUGCUACCGAUUUGCAUGCUGACCAGGACCCAGCUGCUGAAAAGGACAAGAUCAAGCUAUAUGAACCUGAAGAGGGUCUCUACUGGGUUGCUCAGCCUGUGGGUCAAAGCACCCUCGGAAGUGCCGUGGGCCUCGCAUCCCGUCACGGAAGUAUUAUAGAUCAAAUAAAGGACCCCAUCGUCACUCUGUUCGAGAGUGUCCACGAAAAGCUCCCUGAUAUGGGAAGCACAGGAAGUAUGACCUUUCCUAAUUUUGGUAGCAUGUUUAGUAUAGCAGAGCCGCUGCCGAAAACAGAGCAUUCGGAUGAGGAACAUGAGCAUGAAGAGUAUUCCUCGGAAUCUGAAGGGCGUAAUUCUGAUGUAGAUCUUGAAGCCCCACUGAUUUCUCACCGAAACGGUAGCACUUUAAGUGUAAGAGGGCAUAGUAGCCUCUUGCAAGCAAAUGAUGGGGAGGUAGUAAAUAGCACGGGAAUAGGUGGUGGGUGGCAACUAGCUUGGAAAUGGUCGGAAAGAGAGAAUGAAAAAGGAGAAAUUGAAGGGGAGUUCAAGAGAAUCUACUUGCAUCAGGAGGGCCCAGCUCCGUCACAGAGAGGUUCCGUUGUUUCACUUACGGGAACUGUGGUUCCUGAAAACGCUGAUUAUAUACAUGCUGCGGCAUUGGUUAGCCAGUCUGCAUUGUUUACCAGGGAGCUAAUGAAUCAGCACCUGGCGGGGCCCGCGAUGGUUCACCCCUCCAAGACUGAUAGUACUGGCCCUAGAUGGAGAGAUCUUUGUGAACCAGCGGUUAAGCGUGCAUUGCUUGCUGGUGUUGGUAUCCAAAUUCUCCAGCAGUUCUCAGGCAUCAACGGCGUUCUGUACUACACCCCUCAAAUCCUUGAGCAAGCUGGUGUGGGAGUUCUUCUUGCGAACAUGGGACUUAGUUCCGAUUCAGCAUCGAUACUCAUCAGCGGUCUCACUACCUUGCUGAUGCUCCCCUGUAUCUGUGUUGCAAUGCGGCUUAUGGAUGUAUCUGGGAGAAAGAGUCUUCUGGUGUACACGAUCCCGGUCUUAAUUGCAUCGCUCUUCUUUUUGGUUCUCUCCACGACGAUAAAUUUCGGCACUCUGGUCAAUGCAUCAAUCUCCACUGUAAGUGUGACCCUUUACAUCUGCUGCUUCGUCAUGGGCUUCGGGCCCAUACCCAACAUCUUCUGCUCCGAGAUCUUCCCCACGAGGGUCCGCGGCCUUUGUAUAGCCAUUUGCUCCCUCACCUUCUGGUUCGGAGAUAUCGUCGUUACGUACACCCUUCCCGUAAUGCUGAAGAGUGUAGGGCUCGCUGCGGUGUUCGGAUUCUUUGGGGUCGUUUGUUGCGUCGCUUUGGCCUUUGUUAUUAUUUUCGUGCCUGAAACUAAGGGUUUUCCCUUGGAGGUCAUUAUUGAGUUUUUCAAUGUUGGCGCCAAGAUGCAUUAAACUUGCGAAAGGAUCGAAACGAAAGAUCGAAAACGCGGUGGAAUCAGAUUGUGGACCAAUUGUACAGUGGUCACCUGCCGAUUCUUUUGUUACGUUUGGGAAACUGAUUUUUCCGUCACACCGGUAUAGUGAUAUUGAGAAGGAAAGUGAUUGAUUUAUAUUGUGUAAAUGAUCUUCAUGGGAGAAAUGGAAUUGAGUGUGGGGCUUUGUAAUAAACUUUUCUUUUUUUCUUUUCUUUUUUGCUUGUGUUUACAUAUAUACAAGGAAACACUUUUCAUA